ACCAGAGAGAGAUAGACCUCAAAGGUGGUCUUCCUCUGCAUCUCUCUCUCUCUCUCUCUCUAGAAAAUCUCAAAGAGUCUCAUUGAUUAGAGAGAGAAGUACUUCUUCUACUUCUAACACUGAGUUUCUCAAAAACAGAACUCCUCUUCUUGCUUCUACUUCACUCUUCAGAGUUUUAUAGAUUUGCACUCUAAAUAUUGCUCACAACUCUCUCUCUCUCCAAAGCUUACAUCUUUACCCGAAAAAGAGUCAAGACCUCUCUGUUUUUAUCUACCCUCACUCUGUUUGGUCAAUUUCAUUUCUUUACAUCUUCAUCUCUCAAUUUGAAUCAAAUUUGGACAAUCUGAUCCGUCAGAGGGAGACCCAGUUGGAAAUUUUCAGGCAAGAUGGAAACUUUUUCCGGCAGAAAGAGACCCACAAUCAGUCUUUCUCUUUUCACUUCUUUCUCGGAUUCAAUUUCGAGUGACAAGUCCUUGAAUUCGAUCAAAUCCCCCAGGAAUUUCCAGGAGGGUGUUGUUGGGCUUGGCAUAGUAGCUGCCAUGACUGAUUUGAGCAGAAACAUUGAGGCUUCAAAGUCUCCGAAAUCGAGCCCAAUUCCCAUAGUCUCUGCAGCUAAGCCUGCUGCUAAUUUCAGAGGUGGGCUUGCUGUGGAGAAACAGCUUCAGGGAGUUGAGGUGGAUGAGUUGUCUGAGAGCUAUACUUGUGUAAUUUCCCAUUUUGGGAACAAUUUGACAACAAAGCGUGUUUAUUUUGAUGAUAAGCUGAGUGGAGUUGUUAAUGAUGCAAGCGUUUGUGAGGUGAGAAGAGGGGUGUUCUCUGCUUCACCAAUGAGUGUUGGUGAGGUGGGGGCAGAUUUUUGGGCUUCGGAUUUUCUCAGUUCUUGUUAUCUUUGCAAGAAGCAGCUUCAUGGACUGGAUAUAUUCAUGUACAGAGGUGAAAAAGCAUUUUGCAGCACUGAGUGCCGGGACAAGCACAUUCGAAGCGACAAUCACAAAGAGAAGUGCAGAACUGAAGCCAUAAAAUCACUUGAUUACGCUGUAUCAUCACCAUGCUCCAGUCCUCUGGUCUUCUCGGCUGGGGUUGUUGUGGCAUGAACAUUUUUAUAAGUAAAUAAUACAGAAAGAUGGGAACGGUUUAUCCAAAUAAAAUGGUAUAACUGGCAUAAGAAAGAGUAGAUAAUUUUUGAGAGACCUGCUUGAACCAAUUCCUACUCCGCACAUCUUCUAGAUUUGCAAGAAAUAUUUCAAUUGAAUGAGGAAAACUUUGUUGAGAAGUUGAAAGAGUAUCAGCUCAAAGAGUGACGUGAUAUAGGUUUUGCAUUUUAAUGAAAGCCAUAAAAUGUCACUCGAACCUGUUGCUGUUGUAUACUUAUUACGUAAUGCUCUUUGUUUUUCAAUUUUAACAUGGGGUCUUAUUGUUUC